UCACAUACCCCAAAGGAAAUAGUUAACUAUAAAGUUGAUUAAAAUGUGAAUGGUUAUUGAGAAAUAUUUGGAGUUCCUCAGUAAUAGGAUAUUGUACAUAUACAUUUCCAGCUCAAUACGUGCACAUAUCUAAACAACAAAGCACAGGAAAAAUUGCAGUCAUGGUGGUCAUAUCCAUGGAAAAUAGCUGGUGAUUACAAGAUUCUGAUUAAGCAGCUUGAGGGAAAAUAACUACUUUGAAAAAGAAAGAAAAAACCUACAUCAAUUAUGUGAGGCCAAUCAGUGAAGUGGCAGCAAUUUAUUACAGAUUAACAUUUUAGUACUUCGUUGGAGAUUGGUAGCAUGGGUGACUAAGGAGUUCUCAUGAGAGUAGUUUCUGAGUUACUCUGCGAAUAUAAAACCUUGUCCUUGAGAGAGCAUUUCUCUGGUAAAAGGGAUAAAGAAGAAGGAGAAAGAGGCUCUACUCUACAACCUUCUUCCUAAACUAGACCUCUGUCUUCAAAGAGGAGUCAGGACGGAAAAGGAAAAAAAAACUACGAGAAACAAGCAGGAACAUCAAAAUGAAGAAGGACAAUGUGAUUUGGGUCCCUCUUCAACUUUGUGGGUUUUCUUCAGCUUCUGAGACGGUGCAUAAUGAAGUUUAACUAGGCAACACCCCUUUUGGGAAGGAAAAGAAGAAUCACAUCGGAUGAUGAGCAAGGGCGCCCAAGUGGUAGCCGUCUCUAUUUUGGCAUGUCUGGCUCAGAUUCCACAGGUGAAACUGCAAGAGAAUUGUACAAACAAUGAUCCCUGUUCCCACACAAACUGGAUCCAUCACUGGUACAUCUGCCUUCCAUUCCAUGUUUGGACCAGCUGCCAGGAGAAUACUCGCAGUAGCCCAUUCCCACAGUGGAGCGCCAGCAGUGCAUCACCCUGCCCGAACAGAGCCGCCCCCCCCAAUCUAUGAGGAAGCCAUACAUGUGAACAGAUUCACAGUGGCUCGAAGUGGAGAAAGAGUCGUAGAUUUGGAGCUGAUGCCAGAGGAGAAACAGAUCAUCGGUCCUAAGAAAGAAGAAGAGCAGGAAGCAGCUUCCACAGUCAGAUGAUCAGCAAAUCUUCCAAAGAAACCUUCACAGACACAUAUACAGCUAAUUCAAUUGCUCCUGUUUUAUCAGAACCUCGUAUCAUAUUUGCCAAAUCCUCUAUUUUCAAUAUUAUAAUUCUAUAAAUGUGCAAAAUAAGAAAUAAAUUGCAUAUAACAUGCUCAUGCACAUA